AUGCCUAUCUUCAUUCCAAUUCUUGGUUUUCUCUUUGUGUUCUGCUUUUUCUCUGCUCUUCUCAAAUGGAAUCAAGUUAGAUACAGAAGAAAAGGUUUGCCUCAAGGAACAAUGGGGUGGCCUGUUUUUGGAGAAACUACUGAGUUUCUUAAACAAGGUCCUAACUUCAUGAAAAAUCAAAGGUCAAGGUAUGGAAAUAUUUUCAAAUCACAUAUAUUAGGGUGUCCUACAAUUGUAUCAAUGGAUCCAGAGCUAAAUAGAUACAUAUUGAUGAAUGAAGCAAAAGGGUUUGUUCCAGGAUACCCUCAAUCCAUGUUAGAUAUCUUAGGAAAAUGUAACAUUGCAGCUGUUCAUGGCUCCACUCACAAGUACAUGAGAGGGACAUUGCUUUCAAUCAUUAGCCCCACCUUGAUUAGAAAUCAGCUUUUACCUAAAAUUGAUCAAUUCAUGAGAACUCACUUGAGUCAUUGGGAAAACAAAGUUAUCAACAUUCAAGACAAAACUAAACAGAUGGCAUUUCUCUCAUCCUUGAAGCAGAUUGCUGGUAUGGAAACAAGCUCAAUUUCUCAACCUUUCAUGACAGAGUUCUUUAAGCUUGUUUUAGGAACUCUCUCCCUCCCUCUUAACCUUCCAGGCACAAACUAUCGCAACGGAUUACAGGCAAGGAAAAGUAUAAUUAGCAUUUUGAGUAAGCUACUAAAGGAAAGGAGAGAAUCAAAAGAGAAGUAUGAAGACAUGCUUAGUUGUUUGAUGAGAGGAAAUAAUGACAAUAGAUGCAAACUUAAUGAUGAAGAACUUAUUGAUCUAAUCAUUACAAUAAUGUAUUCUGGCUAUGAAACUAUUUCAACCACUUCAAUGAUGGCUGUAAAGUACCUUCAUGAUCAUCCUAAAGUUCUUGAAGAAAUGAGAAAAGAACAUUUUGCUAUUAGAGAAAGGAAAAAGCCAGAAGAUCCUAUUGAUUGUAAUGAUCUCAAGUCAAUGAGGUUUACUCGCGCGGUGAUUUUUGAGACCUCGAGAUUAGCUACAAUAGUUAAUGGAGUUCUGAGAAAAACAACUCAUGACAUGGAAUUAAAUGGCUAUUUGGUACCUAAAGGGUGGAGGAUAUAUGUAUAUACUAGAGAGAUAAACUAUGACCCUUUUCUAUAUCAUGAUCCACUAACAUUUAACCCUUGGAGAUGGCUGGGUAAUAGUCUAGAGUCACAAAGUCACUUCUUGAUAUUUGGAGGAGGCACUAGACAAUGUCCGGGAAAAGAAUUGGGCAUUGCUGAAAUUUCCACUUUCUUACACUAUUUUGUAACUAGAUACAGAUGGAAAGAAGUAGGAGGAGAUAAACUAAUGAAAUUUCCAAGAGUUGUGGCCCCAAAUGGAUUACACAUAAGAGUCUCAUCUUAUUAA